AUGACUUUUGCUAAAGCGAUGAAUCUAUUACGCGUGUUUCCUACAGCACGUUGUCAAAACAAUGAUGAUCAUUGUGAAGUUUGCUUCCAUGAAAUGCCUACUGAUAUUACAUUAAUUAGUUGUGAACAUCGACAAAAUUUUUGUGAGAAAUGCAUACGAUCAUUGAUUGUAUUGAGAAAAUAUACUUGUCCUAAGUGUCGCACAAUUUGGCCAGUAUUAGAUUAUUUGGAAAAAACAAAUCAAAGUAUAGUAAAUAUUGCUAAUAUAUCACUUAAACUAAAAUAUCCAGCAUCAUUUACUGGGAACAUUUCUCCUCUAGCAUCAUUAACAGCUGGUGAUUUAAUACAUGGUACUGUAAUGUGUUGUUCAAUUGGAUUUCUUGUUUGUUUAAUAAUAUAUCCAACUAUCAAGUAA